GUUGACCGGCUAGUGGCGCAGUCCCAUGGUGCGGAAUAUCGCCGACAACGAGGGGACCAAUAGUCGUUCACAUCACUGGUGUAUCUAGGGAAUUUUAACUAGCAGAUUAUCAGCGCGCAUGUUCUUCGCGCUGUCCGCGGCCAUGAUCGCAAGUUCGGGCAGUAGUGUGCGCGGCGCCGCAGUGCUCCGUACCGGACCAUGAACUAUAGGUUACGUACGUGAGUACGUUGGAGAGCACCCUUCUCUUCCCCGCGCAGAAUCACUACUUACGUCGCGGCGUCGACUUCCUUCCUUGUGCAUUUUCGUGGUUCGGUUGCUGUUUGCUCACGGAUGACACGUUGAUUCGGGUCGACUCGGCAGUCAGGUGCUGAGAGGAAGACGGCCCGUGAGCGUUCGCCUCGUUGUGUAAACGCGUUCGCGGUCCAGCCCCUUCGUGCGUGUGUGCAUGCGUGCCUACGUGCAUCGUGCGCGUGCAUUUUCUAUUCCAUCAUCUGCCAGAACGUAGGAGCGCAGCGGGCCGCAGCAAAAUGAGCAGCAGCGGCGAGGAAGCGUGCGAGCAGACGCGCGAGCAGACGAUUAGUAAUGUUGAGACGGAAUACCACGAAAUCAACUCGAAGUGCGCUUGGCCGAUACUCUAUCAGCACAUACGUAACGAGUGUGGGGGUUACGAGUACACGUGUAAUGAAUCAAAAAAGCCACAAAAUAAAAACUUGAACCGCUACAGGGACGUAGCGCCGUAUGAUCACACUAGGAUUAUACUUAAACGAGGCGUGUGCGAUUAUAUACACGCCAAUCUCAUACAGGUGGAUCGCGCUAAUAGGCAAUAUAUCCUGACGCAAGGGCCCUUACCGAAUACUGUUGGUCACUUUUGGUUAAUGGUUUGGGAGCAAAACACUAGAGCUGUAUUGAUGUUGAAUAAGAUAAUCGAGAAGAAUCAAGUGAAAUGCCAUCAAUACUGGCCACUGGAUGACUCACACGAGCCCACUAUGACGUUCGAGGACGUCGGUAUAAGAGUGGAGUACGUCAGUAAAACGGAAUCGUCGGACUACACCACUAGGACGUUACGUAUAACGGACCUGGAAAGUAACGAUAGUAGAGAAAUCUUACAUUAUCACUAUACCACUUGGCCAGACUUUGGAGUACCGCAAUGUCCAACGGCCUUUUUACGUUUCUUGGCAGACGUCAGGCAAUCAGGAGCAUUAGAUCAAAAUGUCGGUCCACCUGUGGUCCAUUGUUCCGCAGGGAUAGGAAGAUCAGGCACGUUCUGCUUGGUCGACACGUGUCUAGUAUUGAUCGAGGAAAACGGAUUAAACGCCGUGAAUGUGCGGGAGGUGUUGCUGGAAAUGAGACGGUCUCGCAUGGGUCUGAUACAAACGCCGGAGCAGCUACGUUUCUCGUACGCCGCCAUCAUUGACGGAGCGAAACAAUUGCCGCUCGACAGCGCGAAUAUCAGUGACGAUGGAGCGACGACUCACUACGAUGAGAUGAAUAACACGAGUAAGCCACUGGGGGAGAAAGAUGAUGAACCUCCACCUUUACCACCACCUAGGGGAGACUCUCUAACUCGUAGCAUGAUGCCAGAUUUAAGCCCGGAUACAUCAUUAGGAAACGAUGAAUUCGGCGAUCCGCCCGAUAAGCCGCUACCGCAGGAACCGCCAACGAAUCAUGCGGACUCAUUAGCGAGUUCACCGUCCGCAAAUUCCAUCGUGAACAACGUAUGCGAUCAAACUGCUGACGACGCCGCGACACCUGACGAAGUCGCAACUGAUGAUAUCGAAAACUCUCAUCAGAUAAACAGUUCUUCGUCCAAUUCAGACGUGAAAGGGGAAUUACGUCGACGCAAUCGGGAGAAGAACGAACGACUGGCAGCACAAGUGCGCGAGAUGAAACGCCGACAGCAGGAGACGGAAGAAUGGCAGAAGCUCAAGAGGUCAUUAUUUAAGCCCCUUACAAUAGGCAUAGGCAUCGGAAUUGGUGCGGGUAUUGUGCUGUGUGCCUACCUGUACAUGCGUUAGUUAGAUCUACCGAGUCACGCUUAAGUCGAUGUCGUCGUACGUACGUACAUACGAACUGCACGCGAACUUUCCAAUUGUCAGUAACGUAUCGAGAGGAAGAAGGUUACUCCCGUUAACGGAAUAACCUGAUGAUGACUGGUGUUCAGCUUGAUCUUGAAACAUCCUCGAGAGAAUUAACGAAAGCGUUUCCGUAGCGUACGGAAUCGCAUCGGUGGUACAGUCCUCAUCAUCGGUGGUACAGUCCUCAUCAUCGGCGAUAUCGCGAACGAUACUUUUUUAUUGGUACUGAAACAGUAAAUAAGAGAAGAGCAAGGCGACGGGAAAGCAAGAGAACAUUGCUAAGGAGGAAGCCAACGUGUAGUGCGUUGUUGAAAGUAUAUACUGCUAAAUGUUCAAGCAGUAACGGCGAGAACAGGGAGAAUCGGAAAUUGAGGCAUCGAGGGCGAGGAUAGAAAACGGAUUUCGAUUUGUAUUUUUAUAUUGUGAUUUAUUGAUUGACGAGUAUCUCUAGGACGUUAGGAUAUAUAUGUUUUCUCUCCUCACAAUUCUUUUGCUAUCUUCGAAGUUGCUACGGUCGCGAAGCGAGCAGCUUAAAUCGAAAUGUGCGCUCUUACGUUUUUAACGAUGAACAAAAAGGUAUGUCAAAAGGCAUUUAAUUUUUGUAAUUGUAGAUCUGUUGAAAGAAAUGUCUGGUUGCACUUGUAUAUCUAUUCAAAAACCAGUUAUGACGAAACUGCAUGAUUUCGAUGGACUGCAUGAAUUUGACAAAUAUGAACCUCGAGUAUCUUCUUGUUUGCGCUAUAAUGGCGAUAGUGGAGUUUUAGAUAUUUUAAAUAUCUAAAAUGAAAGUUGUGGAUGUUUAAAGCUGAAAGGCCACUUUUAACAUUAUUGAGAAUCGGUAACAAAAUAGCUUGAAUUUUUUAUAGAUCGAUCAAUGCUUAAAUGUACAUUUUUACAUUGAUUACAUUGAUUUUAUAGAUUAACUGAUUUUGAUAGUCGGUUAAUGAUACCGUGUUAAUCAAUAAGCGAGAAAAACGCUGCCGUUAUGCUUUUUGACAAACUGUUUCUAUAUGAUUUUAUAGUAUGCAAAAUCAUUAGUUUUGACGAAUUGGAGCGAAAGAGAAAGAUAAUCAUUUUUAAACCGCCUUAAAUCGAAUCGAGAAAAAAACAUAGCUUUUUUUUAUAUAAUAUAUUAGUGUUCUAUAAUCUCAAAGCAAAUGCACGUGAGCAUUAUGCUAUUAAUUCUUCUUUAAAUACAGAUUUAACGUAUUGGAA